UGAGGAUUGAGUUUCCUGUUACCGCCACGCUACGAGAAAGUUGAAAGAUUUGCGUUGUUUGAGUUUUCAAUUUAAAUUUUAGCUGAACAUCAAAAGUGAAAUCCCAGAAGGACUUAUCAAUCGUUUUAAACUUUCGAGUCAAAAGAACAGACUCAUAAUGACUAAGGCAAAGUCGAUGACGCCAAAAAGUCAGACCUCGACACCGAAGAGUGAUUUGAAAGGGGUGAAAAACACAUCUAUUGGUAAGAACAAAACACCAAAAUUUAAGAAAACACCAACUGGCAAGGUCGCUUUGAUAAAUGGCACACCCAAAGGCAAAGGUAAUCAAAACACAGAGAACAACACACCCAAAGGCAAGGUGAAUACACCAUUAAACACUCCUAAGCACAAAGGUAACAUUAAGCCUAAUACUCCAAACAACAAACAGGCUUCACCUGGGAAUAAGAAAAAAAGUCCUGUAGGAAAAUUGCCGUUACAGAAACUUUCUGAAAUUGAACAAAAAAUUGUUAAAAUUACCGAAGAUGACGACGAUGACUCUGAUAAUUCUGAUGAGGAUAUCAACGAAGGUGUUGAAAUAAACGAGGAUGUUAGCGAUGAGGAGGCUGACAGCGACUCCGAGGACGAUGAAGGAUCUGACGAAGAUGUUGGCAUCAACAAUAUAUUGGGCAACAGUCUAGCUGAGGACUCGGAUGAUGAUGAUUCGGAUUUCGACGACAAUGGAGAUGGGGAAGAAGGAGAGGAGGAGGAGGUUGUCAACAAAGGAGUUAAACAGUUUAAAGGACUUAAGCCAAGCAUUGAGCAGAGCGACGAUGCAGAAGAGGAAGAAGAGGAAGACUCUGAUAGCGAGGAUGAUGAAGACGAUUCCCUCAAUGAUUCUGGACCUGGAUUGAAAGCCUUGUUGGGACAAAGCCUGGCAGAUGAUGAUGACGACGAAGAUUUCACUGAUAAUGACGAAGAGGAGGAUGAUGAUGAGGAUAUCAGCGAUGAAGAGGAGGAUGAAGAUCACACUUCGCCAAUCAAAAAACAGAAAGUAGUAGCUGAGGAAAAGGAUGACGAGGAUGAAGAAGAGGACAGCGAUGAUGAUGAAGAAGAUGAGGAUAGCGAUGAUGCUGAAGAUGAUACGGAAACUUCUAAGCUUUCAUUGCUAGAAAAUAAUUCUGACAAUGAUGACGAGGAGGAAGAUGACGAUGAGGAAGAUGAUGAUGAGGAUUUGGCAGAUGGUAAAUCUUUAGAUGACUCAGGUAAAGAACUCACGCCACAGGAAAUUGAGGCUAGAAAUAGACGGUCGAUAUACGUCGGCAAUCUUCCAAAAGAUGUGGUAAAAGAACAGUUGAUAAAACUGUUCAAAAAGUUUGGACCUAUUGAAGUAAUCAGAAUAAGGGGAGGCAUUGGAAAAGAUGGUAAAACUUCGAAAAAACUUUCUAUUAUUAAGAGAGAUCAACUUCAUCCAGUUGUAUCCUCGUUACAUGCAUACAUCAGAUACCACGCUGAAGAUGCAGCAAAGAAAGCUCUUUCAAUGAACGGACACAAGUUUAAUGAAUUUUUCUUGAGGGUUGAUUUGGUUAGCGGCGACGGUCCUAAACCUGACCAAAAAAAAGCUGUCUUCCUGGGCAAUUUGCCUUUCAAAAUUGAUGACAACUCGAUUUGGUCCCACUUUGAGGAUUGUGGUAAAAUUUUAUCUGUACGAAUCGUCAGAGAUAAGAAAACGAAAAUAGGCAAGGGCUUUGGAUACAUCAAUUUCGAAAAUUCCGACUCAGUUGCCCUAGCACUCAAGCUUAACGGCACUACUCUUCUCAAUCGAGAAAUCAGGGUGAAUACAUGCACAGAUAAACCUUCGUCUCAAAAGAAACAGGGACCAUUAAGUCAAAAAAGGCCUCAUUCCAAACCCAAUCAAGGUACUUCACCCAAAAGACGUAAGGACAACUCCAAUGACCCAAUUGCGUUAGCGACUCACAAUAGUCAAAAUGCUCAACAAAGGAAAGAGACAAAACAACAGAAGCGUUCACAAGGGGAACAACAGAGGCAAAAAGGGAAUGAGCAGCCGGGCAGCAAAUCAGGCAAUGGUUUUCAAGGGCAGAAAGCUGAUAAGAAAAAAAAACAAAAGUUCAACAAGUUUGACAAGAAAAAGAAACAGAUAGCAGCUAAAUUUGCUGCUAAGCCGAAAUAACUUUCCACCGAUGAGAUAUAGGCAGGAAUUUAAUAAUAUUAAUUCAGUUUAUUUUUAUUCUCACGCCUUCAUAUUCCAAUAUACAGGAAUUGCACACGUAAUACGAUAAACAUGUGCAUUAAUUUCGAAAAAAUUGUUCACUCAGUGAUUACGGUAGAUCCUAUGUUACUAAUGUGUUUCUGUAAUUUUGUAUGUGUGAGUGUGACACGUAAACUGUAUAUAUAAUGUGCUGACGAGAAAGUGUGCUUUCACAUUCUGUAACAUCCAUUUUUUUUAAUAAGAACUUAUGAAAGUAACAUGCCACUUGUA